UACUGAGGAGACCCCACGGCCAUGGCUGCAGCCACUCGUGCCCGGGUCGCGCACUUGUUGAGGCAACUGCAGCGAGCAGCAUGCCAGUGCCCUACUCAUUCUCAUACUUACUCCCAAGCUCUUGGACUUGCACCUUCUGGGAAAACAACAGAUUAUGCCUUUGAGAUGGCCGUUUCAAAUAUUAGAUAUGGAGCAGGAGUUACAAAGGAAGUGGGAAUGGACCUACAAAAUAUGGGUGCUAAAAAUGUUUGUUUGAUGACAGACAAGAACCUCUCCCAGCUCCCUCCUGUACAAAUGGUUAUGGAUUCCCUAGUGAAGAAUGGCAUAAAUUUUAAGAUGUAUGAUAAUGUGAGAGUGGAACCAACUGAUAGAAGCUUCAUGGAAGCUAUUGAGUUUGCCAAAAAGGGAGUUUUUGAUGCCUACGUUGCUGUCGGUGGUGGCUCCACCAUGGACACCUGUAAAGCUGCUAAUCUGUAUGCAUCUAGCCCUCACUCUGAUUUCCUAGAUUAUGUCAAUGCCCCCAUUGGGAUGGGAAAGCCUGUGUCUGUGCCUCUUAAGCCUCUGAUUGCAGUCCCAACCACCUCAGGAACUGGGAGUGAAACUACAGGAGUUGCCAUCUUUGACUACGAACACUUGAAAGUAAAAACUGGCAUUGCUUCCAGAGCCAUCAAACCCACGCUGGGACUGAUUGAUCCUCUGCACACCCUGCACAUGCCUGACCGGGUGGUCGCCAACAGUGGCUUCGAUGUGCUUUGCCAUGCCCUGGAGUCCUACACUGCCCUUCCCUACCACAUGCGGAGCCCCUGCCCUUCAAAUCCCAUCACCCGGCCAGCAUACCAGGGCAGCAACCCAGUCAGUGACAUUUGGGCUGUCCAUGCACUACGGAUCGUCGCUAAGUAUCUGAAGAGGGCUGUCAGAAAUCCUGAUGAUCUUGAAGCAAGGUCUAAUAUGCACUUGGCAAGUGCUUUUGCUGGCAUUGGCUUUGGAAAUGCUGGUGUUCAUCUGUGCCAUGGAAUGUCCUACCCAAUUUCAGGCUUAGUGAAGACAUACAAAGCAAAAGAUUAUAAUGUGGAUCACCCACUGGUGCCUCAUGGCCUUUCUGUGGUACUCACCUCCCCAGCAGUGUUCACUUUCACAGCACAGAUGUCUCCUGAACGGCACCUGGAAACGGCAGAGAUACUGGGAGCUGACACCCGCACUGCCAGGAUCCCAGACGCUGGGCCUAUUUUGGCAGACACGCUCAGGAAAUUCUUAUUCGAUCUGGAUGUUGAUGAUGGCCUAGCUGCCAUUGGUUACUCCAAGGCUGAUAUCCCUGCGUUAGUGAAAGGAACGCUUCCCCAGGAAAGGGUCACCAAGCUUGCACCACGCCCUCAGUCAGAAGAGGACCUGUCUGCUCUGUUUGAAGCUUCAAUGAAACUGUAUUAAUUUUCAUUCUCACUGAAAGAAUUACCACUGGCCAUCACAGUCCUGACCACAGAAGCCAAGCUAGCCAGAACUUUGUCUUUUUAUUUCCACACAUGACAUACCUGUUACCAAUCUGAAUGUGAUAAUAAGUUUAUCCUGCAGAAGAUUCCCUAAUGCUCAAAGUCAAACUACUUCCGUAAACAGUGGAAGAAUGCCCACUAUGUUGGACCUUGGGCUAGACAUCAGCAUUCAUGUUCCUGCCCCACACACGGAUUUCAACUGCUCUAUUUAUAAAAUGGGCAAAAGCUCAGUAUCUAUCAAAAACAUAAAUGCACAUAUCCCGUGCCCAGUAAUCCCUAGUCUAGAAAUUGAGCCUAUAGAAAUAUGAGCACAAGUGUGUUAAGGAAGAUGGCAAGGAUGUUUCUGGCAGCACUCUAAUAAAAAAUCUGAAAUAGGAUUUUCAUUAAUAGUAUACAGAUAAAUAAAUCAGAGUAUAUUAAGUAAUGGAAUAUUAUAGUGCUAUCAAUAAGAAUGAGAUAAACAUAUUGGAAAUAUGCCCAUGAUAUACUGCUAAGUUGGAAAAAAGCAGAACAAUUAAAUAUUUGCAUGGUCUGAUUUUAACUUUUUAAUUAUACAUAAGUAUUUGUCUAUAUAUAGGAAGAAGAAUGAUACACAUCAAAAUAACAAAAGUUAUCACUAGAGAAAUAGAAUUUGGGGUACAGAAAAU